AUGGCCCAGAGCGUGGUUUACGCUGAUCUGAGGUUUGCCAAGGUGAUGGGGGGCCGGAGCAUGGCCAAUCAGGCGCUGGAGGCAGCCCUUGGCAUGGACGAAGCGGAGAGCCCCUACGAGAUCACACAGUCAGCGCCGGCAGAGCAGGAUGGGGAUGGAGCCCAGCCCAGCCCAGGGCGCUGGUCUCGGUGGUGGUGCAUCCCUGUGGGACUGCUGGUAACCUGUCUGCUGCUGCUGGUGGCCACCGUGGCCUUGGGGGCUUGCUACUGGCAGGUCACCCGCAGCCUGCAGGACGCUUCCCAGGAGCACGCGGCCGAGCAGGGCCGCCUCUCGCAGGAGGUGAGCGUGCGGGAGCAGAGCCUGGAGGAGAUGCACUGCUGCCCUUCGGGCUGGCUGCUGUACAGGGGCAAGUGCCUCUUCAUCUCAUCGGAGAAGAAGACAUGGGAGGACAGCAGAACUGAGUGCGAGAAGAAAUAUUCUCAGCUCCUGGUCACCAAAUCCUGGAGUCGCUGGACUGUGCCGACCUUCCUGAAGAAUGCGGACAUCCCAUACUGGAUCGGGCUGCAGAAGAGCAGCUUCCCCUGGUACGACUACGGCUGGCUGGAGGAAGAGGACCCGGAUGGUGAGGGGGUCUCGGACGCCUGGUUCUGGGUGGACGGCUCCCUUUAUGAAAGGCCGUGGCAGUCGAAGUCAAACGGGUCCUGUGCCAUAAUAACCCGUGGGAACAUCAAACCCGCCCAGUGCGCCGGUCCCGACGACCUGCACCUCUGGAUCUGCGAGAAGGCGGCAGGGCCGAGCUCCCCUUUCUGA